AUGAUCUUCAAAUCAAAAUAUCCUGAUAUUGAUAUUCCAACCACAGGAAUAUAUCAAUUUAUUACAAGUAAUCCUAACAAAGUACCUGAUGAUAAAGUUAUAUUUGUUGAUGGAAUUACGGAUAAAAAACUUACUUUCGGUGAAAUAAAAAGAAAUACCAAAAAAUUUGCGGCCGGAUUAAUUGAUAAAUUAAACUUUAAACGAGGUGAAGUUUUAGCUCUUAUCUCACCUAAUGAGGUUGAUUUUCCUGUUGUACUCUUUGGUACAAUUGCAGCUGUAAAUGAAUUUGAAUAUCAAUUUUCAGAUUCCAAUUCAUCAAUUAUAAUAGUUCAUCCAUUUUGUCUUUCGGCAGUUAAAGAAGCAGCCAAAAAUCUGAAAAUUCCUCAAUCACGUAUAUUAUUAUUUGGUGAUAAGGAAAUUGAUGGAUUUCAACCUUUUAAUACUUCAUUAAUUUCAAAUAAUGAAAAAGAAGAAUUUAAACCAAUUGAAUAUACUUUUGAAGAAGCCAAAUCUACUACAGCUUAUUUAUGUUAUAGUUCCGGUACAACGGGUAAACAAAAAGGAGUCGAAACAACUCAUACUAAUAUAUUAUCUAAUAUGGCGCAACUUCUUAAUUUUGAAACUAUUGUGGAUAUUAAUUCGAAACUUAUGGGAGGAUCAUCUACAGUAAUACUUCCAAAAUUUGAUUUAUCAACAUUUUGUCGUUUAAUUCAAGAUCAUAAAAUCAAUUAUGCUCAUAUCGUUCCUCCAAUAGUAUUAUUAUUGGUUAAAAGUCCAAUUGUAAAAGAUUAUGAUUUAUCAAGUUUACAAAUGGUGGUCAGUGCUGCUGCUCCUUUAAGUAAAGAAUUAUGUAAAAAAUUUAAUGAAUCUACUAAAGUUUCUAUUAAACAAGGAUAUGGCCUUACGGAAACAUCACCUAUUAUAACUAUAGGAAAUGACAAUACUGUAGUUCACGGAGAAUUGGUUCCCAAUAUGGAAGCUAAAUUGAUAUCACCUGAUGGGAAAGGAUAUAAUGAACCUGGAGAAUUAUACGUUCGAGGACCGAAUGUUAUGAAAGGUUAUCUUAAUAAUGAAGAAAGGACAAAAGCUUCAUUUGAUAAAGAUGGAUUUUAUCUCACAGGUGAUGUGGUGAUUGUUGAUGAACAAGAAAACUAUUUUAUCGUCGAUCGCGCUAAAGAAUUAAUUAAAUAUAAGGGAUUCCAAGUAGCUCCGGCAGAACUUGAAGCUAUUCUUCUUAAUCAUCCUGCUAUAUCGGACGCUGCAGUGAUAGGAGUAGAAUUUGAAGAAAAAACUACUGAAUAUCCGGUAGCCUAUGUUACACUUCAAGAGGGUUACAAAAAAACUCCACAAUUAGCAACCGAAAUACAAGAAUAUGUAGGAGAAAGAGUUGCUCCUCAUAAAAGAAUAAGAGGCGGUGUCCAUUUUAUUGAUAAAGUACCUAAAAGUGCUUCGGGAAAGAUUUUAAGAAAGAUUUUAAGAGAAAAUGCUAAAAUUCAAUUUUCCAAACCCCAAUAUCAAAAUCUUAAGUGA